AAAAACAUUCUAGAAAUACAGUCCGAAUCAUAUCAAAAUAGAACGUCUGAGGGAACUGAACUCAGCUGACCUAAACUAACGCCUUGUGAAGGCCCACCCUACUAUCCGUGGUUUGAUCCUCGACCCAGGGGAAUUAUGGCGGGCGUGACAAGCGUAGCCACGCGUCGGGAGGUGCUGCACACCUUCAAGCAUCUACAUCGGGCUGCUCAGCGCGUGUUCGCGGGCGACGAGUUCGCCUUGAGCAGUGCUCGGGACAAGAUCAAUGGGGAUUUCCGGCAUAACGCCCACGUGGACAGUCCACCCGCCAUACAGGAGCUGCUCCAACUAGGCCGAGACUGUCGAGAAGUGCUUUUGAAGCAAGUGGUCCAAGCCCAACGACAAGAGUCCGGCCGAUACGCCUUGCACAUCCGACCAGAGCACGAAAAGUUCGACAACACGGUCUAUCGCGACGAUAUCACCGAGCAAGACUACAAAGCGGCCAACCGCAAGGGCAAGAAGAGCUGUCUCGAAGCGGCCAAAGACAUGAAGAAAGACCUGUCAUAGCAUAGUCAGACAGUCACCCACCCAAUCAGCCAAUCGUUGAGUUAGAUAGUUAGGUAGUUAGUUAGGUAGUCUGUUUGUUAGUUCCAUAUUGAUGUCGCGCUGAAAUGACGAUAAAACAGGAUAUGGGACACCUAA